CCUGACUUUGAUUACUUUGAGGAGGAACACCUGAAUCCGGACAAUCUGACUAUGCCAGUUGUCCCUCGCUAGCUACUCAAGCUCACCACCCAGUCAGUGGUCUGUCAUGAUGCUAUUCCUACUGAAAUCGGCCAUCACGGUCUUGGCCUUACUCGCGACCUGCGUGCUCCUCCCACAGCUACCGCUGGGGAUUCUCCGCCUUGUGCUCCGCGGGGUCGGAUGGCUGAUUGUGAGACGCACCCGCUCCCGGCGCGAGCACAUCGUCUCGCGCGUGCGAGUUGAGGAAGAGGACUCCGCUGCGAAGCGCACGGCCAAGCCCUCUCCUGGCGAGGACGAGGACUGGGAGAAGGUGGACACCCGGUCAUCGAGCUCCAGUAGCGGGAGUCGUGAACGCGGCGGCGAUGGCUGGGAUGGCAUCAUUGGUUUCUUUCACCCGUUCUGUAAUGCGGGAGGCGGCGGCGAGCGCGUGCUCUGGGAGGCAGUCAAGGCGACGCAGAAACGCUGGCCCCGCGCGAUCUGUGUGAUCUACACCGGAGAUCACGAGGCUACCAAAGCGACCAUGUUGGAACGGGUCCAUAACCGAUUCAACAUCCAACUACACGCGCCAACAGUGGUCCUCCUCUACCUGACCACCCGCAAAUACGUCGCCAGCACCAUGUACCCGUACAUGACACUGCUAGGCCAGUCGCUAGGGUCGCUAGUAGUCGCGCACGACGCCUUCAACCUCGUCGUCCCGGACAUCUUCGUCGACACAAUGGGCUACGCCUUCACACUAGCCUACUGCAAGCUGCUAUUCCCAUGGGUACCCACAGGCGCCUACGUGCACUACCCCACCAUCUCAACCGACAUGCUACAGUCCCUCGACGACAAGUCCGGCACCCAGGGCGUCAACGCCGGCGCGGGCACCGGCCUCCGCGGCCAUGCCAAACGCAAGUACUGGCUCGCCUUCGCGCGUCUCUACGGCUGGGUCGGCGGACACGUCGACGUCGUCAUGUGCAACUCCUCCUGGACGGCCGCGCACAUCCGCACAAUCUGGGGCCCCUCCCGCACCAACGCCCCGCACAAAGACCCCGCCGUCGUGUUCCCCCCCACAGCCGUCACCGAGCUCGAAUCCUCCAUCCCCGUCGACGCGCAGUCCGAACGCACCCGCCAACCCGUCAUCCUCUACAUCGCGCAGUUCCGGCCGGAAAAGAACCACCCGCUCCUCCUCCGCUCCUUCGCCCGCUUCCUCCACAACCACUCCCAGCAUUCCCCAUCCACCCCCACCCCCCGCCUCAUCCUCAUCGGCUCCGUCCGCCACGCCAGCCCAGACGAAACCCACAUAUACAACCUGCGCCUCCUCGCCCACGAGCUGCACAUCCGCGACCACACGACCUUCAUCUGCGACGCCAGCUGGCCCACCAUCCUCUCCCACCUCUCCACAGCCUCCAUCGGCGUCAACGCCAUGUGGAACGAGCACUUCGGCAUCUGCGUCGUCGAGUACCAAGCUGCGGGACUCAUCAGCGUCGUCCACGACUCGGGCGGCCCGCGGGAAGAUAUCGUCAUCGACAUGCCUGACUCCGACACUGACGCCGAAGGCGGAAGCGGCGCAACAGGCUUCCGCGCGUCGACGGAAGACCAAUUCGCGGCGGCCUUUGAGACGGCUCUUGCUCUGCCGAUCGAGGAGAAGAUGGCGAUGCGCGCGAGGGCGCGUCGCUCGGCGCUGAGGUUCAGCGAGGAGGAGUUCCAUGCGGGGUGGUUGGAGCAGGUGGGACGGUUGGUGGGGAUGGUUUCUUCUUCUUCUUCGUAG